UUUGCAACGCUAUUUAGGGAUGUGGGUGGAACUGCUCCCCGGGAUGCAAGCUAAAUUCUGAGGGGUUAGGAGUGGGAUAGCAGGCGACAGAGGGGUGUUGUUUUCGGGUAAGCAGGUUUGACGGAAACUUAGAAUUACACUGAGGCCACCCACCCACACCUCCAGUUUGCAUUUUCCCGAGAAAUUGCCUAAUAUUCCCUUCGCCUUGCACAGGUGGGAGGCUCUAGGCGGUCAGAGAGCCCAGCUCAACCAAGAAGCCAGAGGAGAGGACGCGUUUCUGUUUUCCCGUUGCACCGUGUCCUUCCUGGGUUUUUCUGCUGCGAAUCUGCCUCACUUGACCUUGCGUGGCCAGGCUGCCUACACACUGAACUUGCACUCCCCAAGAAGUGCCCAAAGUUGAAGCGAGAUUCCGGCCUUGGCACCCGCUCCAGGCAGGGGCACCGCGAUGGAUUGCUGAAGGGGACAAGCGGUGCGGAAGGGGCGCUGCCCAUGCUGCCCUGCUUCCAACUGCUGCGCAUCGGGGGCGGCCACGGCGGGGAUCUCUACACCUUCCACCCUCCCACAGGCGCCGGCUGCACCUACCGCCUGGGCCGCAGGGCUGACCUUUGCGAUGUGGUCCUGCGGCCCCAACAGGAGCCCGGCCUCAUCUCGGGAGUGCAUGCCGAGCUGCAUGCCGAUCGCCAGGGCGAGGACUGGAGGGUCAGCCUGGAGGACCACAGCAGCCAUGGGACUUUGGUCAAUAAUGUCCGACUUCCCAGGGGCCACAGGCUGGAGCUGAGUGACGGUGACCUCCUGACCUUCGGCCCUGAAGGGGCACCUGGAACCGGCCCUUCGGAGUUCUACUUCAUGUUCCAACAAGUCCGGGUCAAACCUCAGGACUUUGCUGCCAUUACCAUCCCCAGGUCUAGGGGUGAGGCAGGGGCUGGAGCCGGUUUCCGGCCGAUGCUGCCCUCGCAGGGAGCCCCACAGCGGCCCCUCAGCUCCCUGUCCCCUACCCCCAAGGCCACACUCAUCCUCAACUCCAUUGGCAGCCUCAGCAAGCUUCGGCCACAGCCCCUCACCUUUUCCCGGGGUGGCGGUGGGCUGCAGAACCAGCCUGCUGCCACCCCACCUGGAGGGGCCACCCCCUCCGCUCCACCCCCGAGAAACCGGAGGAAGUCAGCUCACCGGGUUCUGGCAGAACUGGAUGACGAAGAGGAUGCUCCUGACAAUCUCCUGCCUGUGUUCCUGGAGCCCAGGAAGAAACUGUGCGUGGAGAAAGCCCCACUGACACCCAGUGGAAAUCGCAGAGGUCGUCCCCGGAAGCAUCCAGUACCUGCUCCCAUGUUGCCCCCUACUGGCAGGGGCAAGGAGCCCUGUGCAGCCCCUUGUUGCAGCCUGCCCCAGGAAGACACAGUGGCCUGGGUCCAGUGUGACAGCUGUGACAUCUGGUUCCACGUGACCUGCGUGGGCUGCAGCAUCCAAGCUGCCGUGGAGGCCGACUUUCGGUGCCCGAGGUGCUGUGCUGGCAUCCAGACCUAAGGACCACUGGCAGGACACUGGAGGACACACAGCUGGCUCUGCCAGGUCAGGAGUGGACACAGUGGAUGCAAAUUGGGUCCCAAGAGAUACUGCUGUUCUUCCUUUAGCAGGGAGUGACUGCAGGGAGGUGGUUAAUGGCUAAUGGCUAUGUCAAUUCAGGGCCUUGUGGCCAAGGUGACAUUAGAUACUGUGCUGUGUCAGAGACCUUGCUGCCUCCAGGAAGUUGCCAGUGACCUGGACAUUCUGUUAGGAGCUGUAUAGCCCUAUGACCAUGGGCAACAGAAAACAUGAUCAGAGUGACACAUCAAGUGCAGAAACCAGGCCUGGGAAGCUGUGGGAGACAGGGUUGGUUGUUAAUGUAAUUGAAUGGUGUCUCCAAAAGCGUCUUGGGAAAACAUAGGGGCAGGCUCAUUAACUUUUUGCACUGUGGCUGGUCCUGCUGCCACCACCAACCUGGCUUUACAGAGCUUCGCUUGUAUUUCUAAAUAAAGCACAAACAGCUCCACUC